UUCCUCUAGCAGGCACGCGCUGAAGCACACACUCACACACCGAGCUAGUGAGUAAGUGAGAGAGAGAGAGAGUGGAUGUGUCGCAGAUUUUAAAAACUCCGCAGAACAUGCUAGAAAACGGGGACGACUCGCUCUGAUUCCAGAAUUAAAGUCAGUUGUUAUUAUUACUAGAGAAAUAAAUAUAUACAAAAGUGUGUGAUUAAGAGAGAGAGAGCGAGAGAGAGAGAGAGAGAGAGAGAGCUGAGGAGAAUAUGGAGCUGUCAUCCAUCGGAGAGCAAGUGUUCGCCGUGGAGUCCAUCACCAAGAAGAGAGUUAGAAAGGGUAAUGUGGAGUAUCUCCUGAAGUGGCAGGGAUGGCCUCCUAAGUACAGCACGUGGGAGCCAGAAGACAACAUCCUGGACCCUCGGCUCGUUCUUGCCUUUGAAGAGAAGGAGGAGCGGGACAGAGCGCAGGCUCACAGGAGGAAAGGCCUGAGGCCGCGCAGACUCGUCUUACGGAACGUUUAUACCAUGGAGCUCCGAAGUGCUCAGAAACCUUCGGAGAAACCCACUCCCCGGUUCCGCCUGUCCCUCGCUCGCUCCAUGGGGGCGGGACUACAGCAUAACGGGAGGCGCUGCAGGAAUGGGGAGGGCGGAAUCUACCACCACCAUCACCACCUCCACCAUCACCACCACCAUCACCGCCUUUUGAAACGCAGGAGCAGGCAGUGCUUGCCCAAAUCGACUGAAAGUGCAGAAUCGCCCCGGCAACGAACACUGACCCUCGAGAAAGCCGCAGCGGAGGAGGAGGAGGAGGGGGGUGAGGAGGAGGAGGGGGGGAAAGAGUGGGAGAAAGAGGAGGAGCAGCAAGAGAAGAAGAGAAGGAAGACGGAAAAAGAGGAACAUCAUGCCGUUCCGCACGCCCAAGAGAUGACAAAAGACCACACCCCUGCACCACAGGAAGCCGUCAUCACAGAUGGGAAACCAGAACACUGCGCUUCCUCCACCGACACCCAGGUGGAGCCACUCAGCACCAAGACUGGUUCCGCUGCACCAGCAGCAACUGACCAGUCAGCGAGCACUACUACUACUACUACCACAACCACAAACACACAUGAGCACAAGCCGAUCACAGACGUUUCAGGGGGCGGAGUCUGCCAAGAUAAACCCAUGACUGAGAAAUCACUGAAUGGCAGCUCAGGAGCGGGUACGGUCACAGACAGGGUCCAAAACCGAGCCUCGGUCAUAACGGUGCGGCAUUUGAUUGACAGUUUUGCGCAGGACGAGUCGAGAGACACAGGCGAAGCCGACAGUGAAGUAAAAAGAGAGACAGACAAGGACGAGGUCGCCACCGAGUGCAGGACCACCCUGCAUCUGAACUCCAAGGUCAGAACAGACGAACUUCAGGCGCGCGAGAGCACACGGCAUCCCGGGAAGGUGAUCGUGACUAACGUGACAAUUAACUCGCUGACGGUGACAUUUAAAGAGGCAAUGACGGCGGAAGGGUUUUUCAGCAGCUACGGACUACAGGUCUAAGUGAUGAAGACAACGCAUGUAACAACCAAAAGUACUUUCUGUCAAAUUGCUAAUGUGGCUAACAAUCAGAGAAACACGAGUUAGAGAAUCAGUUUUGAGUUAGCUCGAACUCGUUGGAAACGUUAGCAUUUGAGGUGAAGUAUGCCUUAUUGGCGCGAGAGCGAGGUAUUACAGGACCAGCCGGCGUGUAGAUCCGUCGAUGUAGUAAAACCUUUCGCUGUUUUUGCUUUACAGAUACUCGUCUGUUGUUAAAAGGGUUAUGUUUCCGUCUUCGUCAUUUCGUUUUAGUGAAAACGUGAACAGUAGUGGAAGGAUUUCCGUCUUGCUGACAGUGACGCCUUUAAAUGCACGCAAAAGUAAUUCAAAGUAAAAAAAUGAUAUAUAUAUAAUGAAAACGAACGCUGUUUCCACUUAACGCAUCGUUGGUGUUAACCGUUCUAGCAAAAAAAUGAAAGAAAAACAUGAGGAUGUAUACAAAUCAAUUGCAAGUUCUCGUUUCCGCGACGGCAGUGACCAGAUGACAUCACCACUACUCCGUCUCUGCAGUCCCAUUCCCCCCCGUCUGGGAGAGGUGAAGUUUUAGCCGGCUCGGGUUUAGCUCUGCUGUAUGUUCUGAGGCCUUGCUGCAUUUUUAACGAGCGUGUAUCGGGUCACAUUACAAAUGCCACUGCAAGGCUUUACUGAAGUGUCGGAAAACAGUGUGCUUUAGAUGUAUCUCUAGCAUGCGACAAAGUCGAGCUGAACGUUACUACAUGUGGUGAAACCGCAACCAAAAAAAAACAAAAAAAGAACAUGCCAUUGUACAAUUUGUAUUACAUCUCUGGCAAGAUUUUUAUUUGUAUUUCCAAUAAAGAAA